CUUUUAAUGAUCAUUCGAUGGCCAGCGAUGCGGCUGCAUCCAUAACAAGUAGGCGUACCACAAACAAAGCAAAGUAUCAUGCCAAUUAGAGAUCCAGCUUUGUCUAUGCUUCACGUUUGCCGUUGCUAGAGAAGAAUCAUACAGCUAACGUCAGCAAAAACGUAUGAUGCACAAUAAAUUUGGCAACUAAGUUCCUGUGAGAUUGUGCAUCUAUUUAUGUCUGGCAUUGUUCUUAAUAAGUACAUAACCUGUGAACGAAAACAACGCCCGUGAACGCCUAAUGUUCGAAAGCGCCUCUCGUAAACGCUUCUGCAUGUAGCUGUCAAGGCGGACUCACUAUAACUUCCGGCGCGCUUCAUCUCUUAUUUUUCUCUACUCAUGUCCAUCAAGUAGGUCGAAGAACUUGCGGUAACCAUCGAGCCGUGCCGGUUUCCAUCCAUCGACUGUGUGGUGCUGGCAGUGCGGUCCAAACCUCCAUUUGAAUUAUGCGUAGAUCAGUGGCGGACAGGGGGUAAAUUUUGCCUGCUGUAGCGUGUGUCGAUGUAUCGGCCUGCAUCUUUGGGGAUCAACAGAAAUUGCGAACUCCGUGCCUACCCAAUAUUUGAGGUUUCGCCCCAACAGCGGAUCCGAAUGUUAUAAGGAUAGCGUAUGGAUAAUUAAGUACUGGCGCGGUGCAAGUGAGUGCCAGAAUGACCCCGUUCGGGUUUUCUACGGCUUUCGCAGCUACUGUGUUCGCGCUUUGCGGACCGAGAGCCGAUGGGAUUUCGCACUGGAUAGCAUCUGACGAGGGGGAGAUUCGGCCACAGUCGCCGUCUAUCUUCGCGCUUCGGUCUCCAGGUGACCUGUCUACCAUCCAGAGACAAGAAGAGAGGCUGGAAAAUGUGAAAGCUUUGCGUAAGGAACUGCUCCAGAGAAAGGAAGAAAUUGAUCGAUGCGAAGAGGAAGCAGAAAAUACUGAAGACCGUCUAUAUGCAGAGGACACCGAUUGUCAGGCUGCAGGUAUACCGUUAACGGAGCUAGAUCUCUACGUCUCUACUGUUGUUCCCUUUGAAAGUAGUCUGCAACCUAAUAGAGAAAAUCCUUCCGGGGGACGAAGAUCUGGUGGUAACCCAGACCUAGAGUCAUGGAACCCGCAACCGGAUUGUACGCAGCAUAUGAACCUCGACUUUAGUAUGCACGCCUUCGAACAUCUUAUGGGUGUCCGUGAGAGAGCAAACCUUACCAUGGUUCCGGAGACGGGACUCCAUAAAGCAAUUGCCGGAGGAGUAAACACUGAUGUUGAAGAUCUCGAUUACUUCGGCAGGCGUAUCAGCCAAUUAUUAAACACUGAAGCAAAUUGGACAGCCUUUAACCUAGCGGCGUUGUACUGGCGUGAGAAGGGUUCGGCACACGCAGCGGUUGAGUGUCUCCGUCGAGCGUUGCACGUGUCACCGCAUGAAGUCAAAGACGUCGCGCUAAUUUCCCUCGCGAAUGUCCUGCAUCGGGCUAGAUUAAGUGACGAAGCGGCCAUUGUCGUUCAUGCCGCUAUUGACAUUGCGCCAGAUAAUGCCAUUUGUCACUUUACACUUGGUAAUAUCUACGCUGUUUUGGCAGAGUACAAUAAAUCCGAGAUAUGCUAUGAGAAUAUGUUGCGUUUACAGCCAGAGUUCCGUUCGGCUCGUCAGCGUCUUCAUGCUGUUCGCUGUCACGCUAAAGUUGAAGCCGCUCUUGAAAGGCAACAUCAUCAACUUCAACAGGUGUUAGAAAAGCUGAAAGAAUACCAGCAUCGAAAGGAACUCUAUGUACAGCUAAUGGGCCAGCUGGUUGAGGAGGCAGUACCCCCUAGCGGUUGGGAUGGGAAGGACUGCAAUAUCUAUCCGAGUGGUUCCGGAAGCGGGUCGUCGUCGUCAACGUCAGACAGCAGUCGAUCAUCUGGUGACUCUUCUCAACCAAAUGAUUCUACCAGGACUUCUGGUGCAACGACUGGAAGGGGUAGUAGGAAUGUUGACGGGGAAAGUUCAACAAACUUUGGAGGUGACAUCGGUUACUGCCUUGGAUCGCCAGACCAACCUCUGGGUUUUCCGUUUUAUGACAAUAUGAUUGAUCUCCAGUUCAAUGUGCGGUCUCAGGAUCGCGAACGGGCGCGACAGUCCUGCGUUGAAAAACAGCAAAAAUCCUAGUAAUUAUAAUACAGAGAAAACGGGGAAGGGCAGUAAACUAUGCAGCAGAUAUAUAUAUUGCAAUCGGUUAGAGGUUCGCGAAAUGAACAACGUUACCUUGUUGUUAUGACACCACAGUUGAAAUGGGCUUAUACCUGUGGCACUGCUGAGAAUUAAUAGUCCUUUAGUGCUAUACUCGUCAUCUUGCGAUUUUAAUGAGUAUUAUCAAGUAAAGUAGUGAUCUUCUAGGCUACUUUUGGUGACCCUUUUGUUUAACCUAUAUGAAACCUUUUGACUCCUUUCACCUUAUUAGUAUCUCCACUGUGUUAAAUAAGUAUGUGAAAACGGCAAUCAUUUCGGUAAUGGCAUAUGCUAAGUCAAGGAAAAACUGUAAGGGAUAUGUGGUAGACGCUAGGCCGAUAAUAUAUACGACGACGACGACGACAAAGCAGCAAAAUCUGUGUCUCGUAAAUGAAUGUAGAGAUACCGAUAACUAGCCUUUGUAGACAAAUAGAAAGCUCAGGACGAAAGUAGGGAUUCGAUUCAGCUAUGUGAACCCCGUUGCUAAUCCCAAAACAAGCUUGCUUUGCUUUUUUCUGUAGGAGCCCUACUGAAUCAGCCUGGCCAUACUCGCCACCACCUUUUUAAGUACAGUGGAGCCACAUUAUAAAAGAGACAAGUUUGUUCUGUGUAAUGUUAGAGCCUAAAAAAAAAUGAGGUUUACUCAGUCGUGAGUAUGUGGAUAUCAUCAGCCUCAUUUAAAGAUAUAUGUUCCACGCUGAACUAAAUCGACUCGUAACAGUAAAAUAAUAGGCUGAGCAAAUUAACACUUGAAAAAUAAUUAGGUUAAUGAAAACAUUUGUUUUCAACAACUUGUUGCUAAAAGCUUAUGAUGUCUUUAUUACUUGUUUUCCAACCAUUAUCUACUCGCCACUUGUCCAUGGCUGAAUUUGCCGUCUUUCUGUUGUAAGCAAAUUUGUAUUCGUUUUAUGUAGACAUGCAUUAUAUAAUAAUAUGUCUGUACGAUAAUACAACGACCAGGCACAGCGUAAACCAAAUAUUGAAUUGAGUUGAACGGAUAAGUUUGGGACAUUUUUCGACAACAGAACUUGUGUUUCAACUUCUAUAUAAGGCCAUCACACUAAGAGAUUAACUGCAAACUCAAUGAGAUUUUUAGAUUGCCAUUAAUGAUGGUUUUAAGCCUAUAUCCCAAGCGCGAGGCGGAUGACUAAGUGCCCUAAAUAGGAAAUCGUUCUUCUUAUUUUUUGCUUUUUAUAAAAUAUAUAGACCCAUAGUUACUAGUCAAACCUGACAGCUCCUAAUAAUGUGUAUAUACGUAUUAAAGAGACAAUGCAGAAGGUAGACAAUAGCGAUGAUGUCCGUAAGAGAGACAUAGUUUGGCGAGUAACCACCCGAAGCAACUGGUGUUUAAUAGAUCCGUGUGAUUAUCCAACCCACCAUAAACAAAGUCAUGAGGGGAACAGAGUCAUGCGAUAUACUUUAUAUUAAGUAAUACAAGGGUUUUUUUUCCAUUAACUAGAUGGUGAUAGGCAAUUGAAACUGUAGAACGUGAUAUAAUGUCUGUAUUAUUAUUAUCCGUGGAUGAUGAUGACGAAGGACAAAAAGAAACAAAAAGCCUUCAGUACUUAUAUAGGCCGAAGACAAAAACGAGUCCGACUAUCACGAUAACAGAGGAGCUCGGAAUUCUCCACCUCAUAGAAUGGAUAGCUAAGUCUAGUUAUUUCGACUGGCUGUAUGAUCACGGUUAUUUUCAUCGAAGUCUCAUGACACUAAAGCUAACUGAGAUGAUAAUAAUAUUUAAUGAUUCUUCAACUGUAUGUUACACUUCUCUACAGCGUAUUAAAAGGAAAAUCUACAAUUAAGCUAUAACGUGUCUUU